AUGUCCCCAGUCAGCUUGGCAAACUCAAUAUGCACUGUGAAGGUUCUGGCUCUCUACUCUUCUGGCUCUCAGUUGAAUGCAGUUCUAAAUAUCCUCAGGUGCUUUCCCCGCUUGGAAAAGCUCUAUUUCACUUUGAAGAAACACCCAAAGAUGGAUAUGAAAAAUGUGCACCUGUGUGACCCACUAGAUCCAAUCGAAUGCCUCGCGAUCCAUCUAAAAAAAUUGGUGUUUGAAAAUUACAAAGGCCAUGACCAAGAUGCUGACUUUGCCAAAUUCUUUAUUUUGAACGCAAAAGUGCUGAAGGAAAUCAAAAUUUCAAGCCCUAAGGGCAACGAUAUUAAAUGGGUGGACGAUCAACACAGGCUGCUACAAGUGGAAGAUAGAGCUUCUCGAGAUGCUGAACCUGAAUUCAGAAGUGAGUUUAGCUGUUUGGGUAAAACCAAACAGAUUCAUGAUUUAUUGGAUGAUCCCUUCCACUGCUCGUGUUGUAGAAUUAAAUGCAAUGUUCUUUCAGGUGAAUCAUGUCCAUGA